CGCCGGCGCAUUUAGCGCGAUCAGCUGGACACCUUUAAGCACAACCACCAAGUAGCGAAGGGCGAUCAUAGACGAAUUAUUUCUCUCUCAAAAUUCCAGCUUAAAAACAGGCCUCCGUUCCCAACUUUACAAGAGAGCGAGACACUGACGCGUGGUCCCACCUCCGCUUUCCCCGGACGCCCCCAAACCCCCUAAACCCCGCAACCGCCGGGCGGCCAAGAAACCUACCACUCUCCGCCGCCGCCGCCGCCGCCACCGCCAUGGCCACCAGUGGAGCCCUCCACGCCGGCGGCCGCCUCGUCCUCCCUCUCCGCCGCAGCCCCCAUGGGACCAGCCCCUCACCCUGGUCCCACUUUCGCUCCCGCCUCAUCUCGUCCAAGCCGCCCCUCCCGCCGCCGCUUUCUCCUCCCUCCAUGGCGUCCUCGCGCCUCGCCCCCGCCUUCGUGCCCCCGAGCAGGAGGACUGGCGCGGUGGGGGCCGGGGCGGGCGUGGUCGGGUGGUACCUCGGCCUCCUGGACGCGCGGCCUGUGCUGACCAAGAGCGUCACCGCUGCAGCCAUCUUCACCGCAGCUGACCUCUCCUCCCAGAUGCUCACACUUGGUCCUGAGGAUUCACCUGAUUUUCUUAGGACCCUGCGUAUGGCUAGUUAUGGGUUGUUGAUUUCAGGACCUACCCUACAUUUUUGGUUCAACUUUGUCUCAAAAGUGUUCCCAAAAAAGGAUGUAGUGAACACGUUCAAGAAGAUGUUCCUAGGGCAAGCAGUUUAUGGACCAAUUAUUAACUCAGUUUUCUUCUCAUACAAUGCAGGAUUACAAGGCGAGAGUGCUCCUGAGAUCAUUGCAAGAUUGAAGAGGGAUUUAGUUCCAACCAUCAAAAGUGGGCUCAUAUAUUGGCCACUUUGUGACUUCAUAACUUUCAAGUUUGUCCCUGUUCAUUUACAGCCGCUAGUGAGCAAUUCCUUCUCGUUUCUUUGGACCAUCUACAUAACAUAUAUGGCCAGCUUAAAGAAAGUAGAUGUGGAGGUGGCCACGAGUUCCUAAUUACUGUUAAUGAUUCAAUAUGGUUGUUAUCUAUCAAUCAUUUUGACAAGGCAGUCGUUAUGGAUGUCUUCUGAAAGUUAUAUCAUUUUGUGUACCAACAAUGGAAGGUUAAAACAGAGAUGGAUUGUUUCCUACGCAUCUUUCGCUUUUAGUUAGGGUAUAGUGUCCACAUGUCUCCUACUUGCCUACAUUUUUGGCUGAAACCUUUUUGUCUGGAUGAUAGAAUUAUACUAAGCAUCUCUUGUAUCUUCCCAAAGUCUUCAAUCCUACGGCGCAAAAGCUAGCAAAUUUUUUUUAUAUCAAAUUCUCUGUACCUAGCAUUUUAUGGAGCUGUAAGGUGAAAUUGUUCUUUCUUUGCGAUAAAAGGAAACCAGACAAGAUUUAUGCUUCUAGAUCUUUACA